GUGGCUGGGGGGGAGGGGGUGCAGAAUGUGGGUGGGGGGUUGGAAGGCAAGACCUGGAGGGUCCCUUGGCCCCUUUGUGGCUCGAUGGAGCUGGGGGGUCGGGGGUCCCAGAGGCGCUUUUCAGGAGGAGGGAGGGGUGAGCCAUUGGGUGGCCGGGGGGGGGGGGCUGACCAAGGGACCCCGAGAAGUGGGGGAGGAUAAAGUGGGGAAGAUGGGCUGUGGGGCGCUGGGCCCCCGAAAUAGUCAGACCCCCCCUUCCUCCUCCCCACCAGAGAGGGGCCAGGCAGAGCUUCAGGGUUGCCCCCCAGAUAAGGCCGGCGCUGCUGGGCUGAAGGUCGAGGAAGCAUCUCUGACUCCAACAGCAGGAAGGGAAACAGGGCGGGGGAGGGAGUCAGCCGACACCCCAGCAGAUUUUCGCCAUACCUGGACCCCCCACCACCACCACCACCACUGUGGACUUUUGAGUUUGAGGGAACACAGACCCCUCUGCCCAGGGGGUUUGCCCGAGAGGGGCUGCUUCUGGGGAGGGGCUUGUGUACUUUUCCCCUCCCCUUCCCCACCUGGUUGUGGAGCAUCAGGGCCCCUCCUCUGACCUCUUGCCUUCCUGCCAAGCUGGAGCCUGCAACUGAGCCUCUUCAGGGGGCUGCCACUUUAAACCCACCCACCCCUGGGGUGGCUUCAGGCAGGGUCAGGAACUCUUUGCCCCAGAGUGGAUGUGCAGAGGUUGGAAGGAGGGUGUAUGAAUGUGGGACCACCCCCACCCCCCAAUAGAGUGGCUCAGUGGGAGAAAGAUGAUGGGUCAAACACUCUGCAGCCUUCCUCGAUCAAAGGUGGUCCCCUCAGCUGUGCCCUGAAGCCAUUGUGGUCAUUCGAGGGACUGGCCCAAGAAACGUGUUUGUAGUUCAAAAAAGGAAUCCCCCACUUUCAUUUCUCCCCCUCCCAGGCAAGAGUGAAAAGACAUAUUUGAUGCCAGAGCCGCCAUGCAGCCAGCUCAGGGUGGGAUGUCCUUUGAAGAGGUGGCCAUGCAUUUCACCAAGAAGGAAUGGACCCUGCUUCGGCCCCCUCAAAGGGCGCUGUACAAGGAAGUCAUGCUGGAGAACUUUUGGAAUGUGUCUUCUCUGGGUCCUCUGAUUGCAAAGCCUGAGCUCAUAUCCCAGCUGGAAGAGAAAGAAGACGUGUUUCUUGGGUUCUUUGAUGAAGAGGAGGAUCUGGCAGAAAUGUGUGAUCCAGCAAAUGAAGUGUGUGAUAUAGCAAAUGAAAUUAAAGAGCAUUGUGUGAAUGAAAAAGGAGCGACAUCUUCCAAUGGAAAAGACAGCACUGAAUAUUCUGGUGCCCUGAAAAAGAAAGAAGGAAAACAGACAAUGAAAAACAGAAGUAAUUCUGGUCCUUUCCAGGUUGACCAUUCACAUAAAACAGCACUAUUUGAAGAAAUUUACGAAAAAUAUAAUAGGAAUGAAAAUGCUACAACUGGGGAAAGGCUUUCUGAAAAAUCAGAUAAAAAUGUCCAUUGCAGUGAACGUACCCGAAUGAAAAUCCUUAAAUCCCAGAAAUGUGCAAAGAGAUUUGUGGAGGAAAAAAAGAUAACUUCUUAUUUAACAAGCCAUACACAGGAGACCAACUAUAUUUCUCAUCAACGAAUUCAAACAGGAGAGAAACCUUAUCAAUGUCCAGAGUGUGGCAAACACUUCAGUGAGAGUGGAAAACUUGCCGCACAUAAAAGAAUUCACACAGGAGAGAAACCAUAUAAAUGCCUGGAAUGUGGAAAAAGCUUCAGCCAGAGUGGAAGCUUUACUUCCCAUCAAAGAAUUCACACAGGGGAAAAACCAUAUAAAUGCUUCAAGUGUGGGAAAUUCUUCAUUCAGAGUGGAGGCCUUACUUCCCAUCAAAGAGUUCACACAGGAGAAAAACCAUACAAAUGCCUGCAAUGUGGAAAGGCCUUCAGUCACAGCACAAGUCUUACUGCACAUCAAAGAAUUCACACAGGGGAGAAACCGUACAAAUGCCUGGAGUGUGGAAAGGCCUUCUGUCACAGCAGAAGUCUUACUUUCCAUCAAACAAUUCACACUGGGGAGAAACCGUACAAAUGCCUGGAGUGUGGAAAGGCCUUCUGUCACAGCAGAAGUCUUACUUUCCAUCAAACAAUUCACACAGGGGAGAAACUGUACAAAUGCCUGGAGUGUGGAAAGGCCUUCAGCCACAGCAGAAGUCUUACUUCCCAUCAAACAAUUCACACUGGGGAGAAACCGUACAAAUGCCUGGAGUGUGGAAAAACCUUCAGUCACAGCUCAAGUCUUACUGCACAUCAGAGAAUUCACACAGGGGAGAAACCAUAUAAAUGCUUGGAGUGUGGAAAGGGAUUCAGUAAGAGUGGACACCUAACUUCUCAUCAAAGAAUUCACACAGGGGAAAAACCGUUCCGAUGCCUGGAGUGCGGAAAAGCCUUCAGUCGUAGCUCAAGUCUUACUGCACAUCAGAGAAUUCACACAGGGGAGAAACUGUACAAAUGCCUGGUCUGUGGAAAAAGCUUCAAUCAGAGAGGAAAUCUUACUUCCCAUCAAAGAAUUCACACAGGGGAGAAACUGUACAAAUGCCUGGUCUGUGAAAAAAGCUUCAAUCAGAGAGGAAAUCUUACUUCCCAUCAAGGAAUCCAUACAAGAGAGAAACCAUACAAAUGCCUGGAGUGUGGGAAAACCUUCAGUCACAGCUCACGUCUUACUGCACAUCAGAGAAUUCACACGGGAGAAACCAUAUAAAUGCCUCAGCUGUUAAAAAAGCUUCCGUUCCAGUGGACACCUAACUUCCCAUCCAAGAACUCACACAGAGGAUUAACCGUAUAAAUGCCUCAACUGUGGAAAAAACUUCCGUAGGAGUGGACACCUAACUUCCCAUCAAAGAAUUCAUGCAGGGGACAAACCGUAUAAUGCCUGGAGUGUGUGAAAAGUUUCAGCUGGCUAUCACACCUUACUAAUCAUCAAAUUAAUCACAUGGAGGAAAUCAUAGUAAAUACAGCUAAACAGUCUCCAUUCUCUGCUGCCAUUUGGUCACCCUCCUCUGGACACGGUCCAAUAUUUUUCAUGCAUUGUGGUAAGAAGAAUUGAAUGCAGUGUUCCAGGUAAGGUCUGAGCAAUGCAAAUUGUUAGAGUGGUACUAUUCCUUCCCUGAGAUCCAACCCAGAGUCCCUAUCAAGCAAAGUAUGGAAAGCUGUUGGUCUGUUAUGUAUUGCCCCCACAUUUCAAUGGGGCUGACAAAACAGGGCCUCCCUGAUUAAUUCCAUUCUGUUGUGGGUCAGAUCUUUUUGUCACCACCAAAUGACAAACCCACGGGCCACAAGUAAGAUUCUGCUUCCUCCCCCCAUCUGACUCAUUGCAGAGCCUGGCAACUGGCCUUUCUCCCAGGGCGGAAAGAAUUUCCCCCCCAAAAUAUCCUCUUUCAAAGCAGAGGAGAACACCAUUAAGUGGCUGAUGAUUGGCCCUGCGUGGAGGAGGCUAUUCUUUGUGGCACCUACUGGAAAACAGAGCUCCAAAUCCUCCAAUGAGCAUUUAGCAUUUGGAAUCGAAGAAAAGCAUGACUAAGACUCCUGACUGGUUAAAAGCAGGUCUCUGGGAAGAUGAUCGGACGAUGAUUUCUGCAGGAGGAAGUAGUACAAAUCAAAGUCUUGGAGGUGCCCUUCCAGAGGAGAAGGAACAUUUGAAGAUCCAGAGCACUGGCAUCAAUGUUGGGGCUGGUAUUUUAGAUUGUUAUUCUGUACAUGCUACAUUUACAAACUUUUUCUUUACACUAGAGACAGAAAAGAAUGCCCAGGGAAGCGAGGGAGUGCUUAGCCCAGCCUCUUAAUUGUAGCUGUGGGAGCUCAUUGCAGGAGGAUAUUAGGAUGGCUGCCACUCAAUUCAAGGCUCCUUGGCUCAUCAAUCAUACCACCCUCAUCAACUCCUGCCUCUGAUGAGGGACUCCCUCUUUUUUUCAUGCCCCCCAGGAGGGAACCUGUCUCCUAAUAUGAUGCCCUCUGUAAUACAUGCAGGGACCACCUAAAAGGGGGAGUGGAAGAUCUCCCAGGAUUACAGCUGAUCUCCAAAUGGCAGAGAUGAGUUUCCCUGAACAGUUUGGAUUUAUUCCCCACCAUUCUCUCCUGUAAGGGACCCAAGGUGGCUUACAAGCUCCUUUCCC